AGCAUCCCUUCUUGGCCUGAGUCACAGGGAUGAUUGGGUGGAUAUCGCUAUAAAAAAGGAGGACCCCUGGCCCCUGGUCUCAUCUUUGAACUUGGAAGCAGAUCGAGGCCCCACCUUCCCCUCCACCCCGCCGUCGAAAUAAUUAUCUGCCCCGCCAUACCGUUGCGACUGUCCUCGAGAGCGAGUCCCGUCCUUCUAUCAGUCCAUCCAUCCACUGUGUGUGCAAGUCAAGUUGCGACGUUGUGUUUGUGACUGUGUGUACUUUGCCAUCUUUCCAUAUCUUUUUGCCGUGACAUCCUCUUCUUCCUCUACACCACAUCACCUACCAGUACCAGUCACCACCAUGCUCGACAUCAACGACUUCAUUGCCGAGCGCGGCGGCAACCCCGAGAAGAUCAGGGAGUCCCAGCGCAAGCGCCAUGCUCCCGAGGAGGCUGUCGACGAGGUGAUUGCCCUGUUCGAGGACCACCGCAAGACUCAGUACGCGGCCACACAAUUCAACGCCAAGAUCAACGAGGUUCAGAAGCAGAUCGGCCCUAAGAAGAAGGCCAAGGAAGAUGUCACCGAACUCCUCGCUAAGAAGGCCGAGCUCGAAAAGGAAAAGAAGGACAUGCUCGCCCAGGCUGCUGAGAAGCAGCAGAUCUUGAAUGCUAAGCUCAAGACCAUCGGAAAUCUUGUUCACGAGUCGGUUCCUGUGUCUAACAACGAGGACAACAACGAGGUCGUACGGACGUGGGCUCCCGAGGGCGUCACGUUUGAGAAGAAGAAUGUCCUUUCUCACCACGAAGUUCUCGAGAAGCUCGACGGAUACGACCCAGUCAGAGGUGUCAAGGUUGUUGGCCAUCGUGGUUACUUCCUCAAGAAGUGGGGCCUCUUCUUGAACCAGGCUAUCAUCAACUAUGGUCUCGAGUUCUUGGACCAGAAGGACUACAUCGCUCUUGGCACUCCUAUGCUCAUGCUUAAGGAGCAAAUGGCCAAGACCGCUCAGCUCUCACAAUUCGACGAGGAGCUGUACAAGGUCACUGGCGACCAAGCUGACAAGUACCUGAUCGCUACCUCGGAACAGCCCAUCUCCGCGUUCCACAGCGACGAGUGGCUUCAAUCCAAGGACCUCCCUCUCAAGUAUGCCGGUUACUCGACAUGCUUCCGCAAGGAGGCUGGUGCUCACGGCAGAGAUGUCUGGGGCAUUUUCCGCGUCCACGAAUUUACCAAGGUGGAGCAGUUCUGCCUCACGGAUCCCGAGAAGUCGUGGGAGAUGUUUGACCAGAUGAUUGCCAACUCGGAGGAGUUUUACAAGUCGCUCGGCAUCCCCUACCGCGUCGUGGCCAUCGUUUCCGGCGCGCUCAACAACGCCGCCUCCAAGAAGCUCGAUCUCGAGGCUUGGUUCCCCCACCAAGGAGAGUUCAAGGAGCUGGUCUCAUGCUCCAACUGCACCGACUACCAGAGCAGAGACCUCGAGAUCCGCUUCGGCGUCAAGAAACAGACCGAGAUCAAGAAGACCUAUGUCCACGCCCUCAACUCUACGCUUACCGCCACCACGAGAACUAUUUGCGCCAUUUUGGAAAACUUCCAGACUGAGGAUGGCGUCAAAAUCCCAGAGCCACUGCGCAAGUACCUUCCUGGCGCCCCUGACUUUAUCCCUUUCCCUGGCAAGGCCAAGAAGGCGGAGGAGACAAAGGAGAUUCCUAUUCGUUAAGUGCUUUUUGGUAGAAAUAUAAAAAAGAGUUGGA